CCCUCUCUGACAGUUUGUGCUUACUUUUGGCUUUCCUAGCAAGGCAGAAACCAUGUCUGAGACCGCUCCAGCAGCUCCCGCUGCCCCUGCACCUGUGGAGAAGACACCUGUGAAGAAGAAGGCGAAGAAGACCGGCGCCGCUGCAGGGAAGCGCAAGGCGUCCGGACCCCCGGUGUCCGAGCUCAUCACCAAGGCUGUAGCCGCCUCCAAGGAGCGCAGCGGCGUGUCCCUGGCGGCGCUCAAGAAGGCGCUGGCGGCCGCCGGCUACGACGUGGAGAAGAACAACAGCCGCAUCAAGCUGGGGCUCAAGAGCCUGGUGAGCAAGGGCACCCUGGUGCAGACCAAGGGCACCGGCGCCUCCGGCUCCUUCAAGCUCAACAAGAAGGCGGCUUCCGGCGAGGCCAAGCCCAAAGCCAAGAAGGCAGGCGCGGCCAAGGCUAAGAAGCCCGCGGGCGCAGCCAAGAAGCCCAAGAAGGCGACUGGUGCCGCCACGCCCAAGAAAGCCGCCAAGAAGACCCCGAAGAAGGCGAAGAAGCCCGCUGCAGCUGCAGGAGCCAAGAAAGUUGCCAAGAGCCCGAAAAAGGUGAAGGCAGCAAAACCCAAGAAGCCAGCCAAGAGUCCAGCGAAGGCUAAAGCCCCCAAGCCUAAGGCCUCCAAGCCUAAGGCGACCAAACCGAAGGUCACCAAGGCAAAGAAGGCCGCCCCUCGUAAGAAGUAAAGUGGCGCGUCCUGCUUUGAAAAUCUCAAACGGCUCUUUUCAGAGC